AUGUCCACCUAUCCAAAGCGCAUGGCCAAACCGAACCAGCGGUAUGAUAAAUGAUCACCCAACGAUCUAUUUGCAGGGCCACAAGGAAGAAGCCGCAAUCUGCUGUACACAUGAGCAAAUCAAACAACUUGCAGGUUAGUUGCGUCGAUAGUGCUGACCGUACAGUGUCCACCGCAGUGUAGUAAUGAGGUCGGUCUGUUUGCCAACCAACAACUAACUUAUUAUUUGGCCCGUUACAUGAUGGUGAGUUCGCCUGCUCUAGUAUCAUUUCCUGAAGGGCAAUGUUGGCGAAAUAUACACAAGCAGUUGCAAAUGUACCGGCGUAAUCAAGGCUAUUGCCCCAAAUGUAUGUGUCUGCAAUUCCUAUAAUCUGGGCGCGACAGGGUAAUUUCGGCCUGACUUGCGUAAGGACUGUCCGAUACGACUCGCCGUCUGAGACGUACGAGAUUGAUGAAGAGAAAAUGAUUCCAUUAUCAGAGAUUAAAAAGAUAAUUCUGCGGAAUAUUGACCCUAGUGAAUGUCAGAAAGGUUGGCAUAUUUAUUACUAAUUAUCCUUGCAUCAGAGCAAAGAGCUCAGGAGAAUCCUUCCGCUGAUUCACAUUUAACAUCGCCGGAUGAUCCGGACACGUGCCUCGAGCAGUACUUCCACUCUGUUGAUGAGGCAGAAGCCUGUUCACUUAAUUCAGAGGAAACCUUCCCGCCAGAAGCGAUGUUCGCAGUAAACGAAAAGCGUUUUAAUGUAACCUCUUCAUAUCAGGCGUCAUUGGAAGGCUACACGUAAGCUCCUCAUAUGUGCCUUUACCCUUUUGUUUAGAAUGCCUCUGGAUAAAAGCGAUCCGGAUUUCAAAGCGAAGGAGGAGUAUUGCGCUAAAAUAGCACAAGAGAUCGAGGCUGGGGGCGAUGCCAACGCCUGGGAUGCGAUGAUCGAUGAGGACGUAGAAUGUAAUGAGGAGCUGCAGUUUAGCGCUGUACUAAAGGAGGGAGAACCUGGUCGCGACAUCAAGUCUUACGCCCGCGUCGGUCGAAGAUGUCAUAGGGGAGGCCAGCGCGUCCCACUUCAACGGGAGUCGGCUGACGUCAGACCUAGUGGCGGUCCAAUCUAUUCUACAAAAGCCGCACCUAGCCAGGAACAAUCGAAGUCCGCAAAUUCUGACAUUGGUAGACAAUCCACCACCAACCAAAUCGCUGAUUCCUCUGCUACAACGGAGGUUGCUGCUGAAGAGGAGUCGACUCAGGGUCGUCCGACAGAUGGUUCGUUCCCAUCCGCAACCGCAGUUACCGACGGAGACGAAUCCAAAGAGCCUGCUUCUGCACCAUCGACUAAAAAGGAAGAAAAGAAGAAGUUUACCUUGGAUCCAAACGCACCCGAAUUCAAACCGUCUGGAAUGACUCUCCCACCGGCGGAACCAGCAGUUUUGCCACAGUUGGCUCCAUCAUACUCUUACAUAAAUUCUGGAUUUUCACAACCCAUUCAAUGUGCACCAUUGUCAGUUCCAGCGUUCCCUGUCCCUGGUCAACCACAUAUAAUUAACGGGAAUCUAAGUCCUGCCUCAGUACCUUUCUGUCUCCCAUCGUCGGUCUCUUACGUAUUCCCACAAGGACUCGCAUCCCAAAUCCCCGCUGUAGCAGCAAUCCGUCAACCACAGGGAGCAGUUUUUCCAGCCCAACAACUCGCUGUAAUUUCCCAACAGCCGCCUGUAAUGGGUACCCAACAGGCUACUAGUACGACCUCUGCGUCGAAGACCAACGCCCGAUCAAAUGUUGCAACAUGUGGCUAUACUCGUCAGCGUUCUGUCGAACAAUCUGGUCAGUUACCGCAAACAGUGCCUUUUCAAAUGUUUCCUCAUCAACCUCCAAGCGGUUUUCCAUUUGUGCCCCCGGGAUCUCAUCCACAACUGGGUCUUCAGUUAAUUACUCCGGCAUCUGCUGCCCUGACAUCCCCGUCGUACAGUGGUCUGUCCACAAUGUCGAAUUCUAUCCCGGUCUCGCAGUCGUCUGGUCAACCCAUUCUGAACAAUCAGCACCUACCACAGCCGUUGCCGAUUCAGUCAGGCCAACCAAAUUCUCAGCCCCCUACUUCCCUUCCACAGAGUCAGUCUCAAGGUUCACAGUUCCACCCGUGUUAUCAACACGUUGUCGGAAGCGUACAACCUCAGUCUGCGCAGAUGGCUGCCUACUCUGCUCAGUAUGCGCCAAAUCAGUUACUAGGCUCUCAGCCAACAAGCGUCUCCGGUGCGUUUGGAUUUUAUCCUCAAGGAUUAAUCCCUGUUCCAAUGGGGCCGGGUCAACUUGGCUUGACUGGUCAGGGGCUGCCUCAGCAACCGGGCUCGCAAGUUCAUCAUCCCGGUCAGCAGACAGGUGCUUUGAGUCAACAACAACAACUUCAGCUUUCGGCGCAGCAACAGAGCGCUGCCGGUCUAACUGUCCCGUCAGCUCAGCAAUCCCAGCAGCUCCUUCUGGCAAAUCAGUAUCAAGCGCAGUCAAACUUCAUGGCUGCUCAGCAACUUUUCAGUCAGAACCCCUCACAACUCCAAGCCGUACUCACCAUGAUGGCUAAUCCGCAGGCAAUGCAAAACUCACUAAAUCCUUCGAAUUUGCAUCCCCAGCCGCAUCCCAUGUCGUUGUACAUGCCUCAGCAGCCAAACGGGACUAUCUGA